GAUGGUCAUCGGCGGAUGACGACCCACAUUGUCCGGAAGAUAACGACGCUGACGCGGGCUGAGGAGCAGGCCCAGGCGGACAACAUGAUUCGCCAGAACCGGGACGUGAAGACGACCGAGAUCGGUUAUAUGCGCACCGGCCGGCUGGACAGCAAGCGGGCGAAGAUUUCCGACAUUGUCGUUGGGCAAGAGGACAAUCUUACGGCCCGGGAGGCGCUGCUCCGAUGGGCCCGCCGUUCAACGGCCAAGUACCCGGGCGUACGGGUAAACGACUUCACCAGCUCCUGGCGCGAUGGUUUGGCGUUCUCCGCGCUCAUCCACCGGAAUCGGCCCGAUCUGAUCGACUGGCGAGAAUCACGAUCGCGCCGACCGAGGGAGCGGCUAGAGAUGGCAUUCCACGUGGUCGAGAAGGAGUACGGUGUAACGCGGCUGCUGGAUCCGGAAGAUGUCGACACGAACGAACCCGAUGAGAAAUCGAUGAUCACUUAUCUAAGCUCCUUGUACGAUGUAUUCCCGGAGCCACCACAGAUGCAUCCAUUGUUCGAUAUGGACUCACAGCGCCGCGUGCAGGAGUACCGUGAACAAGCACAACAGCUACUGUACUGGUGCCGGGAAAAGACUUCGCUUCUUCAAGAGCGGGCCUUCCCUACGACACUGAUCGAACUGAAGCGAUUGCUAUCCGAUCUUAAUCGUUUCCGUACCGAAGAGGUGCCACCACGUCAGCGUGAUAAGCAGCAUCUGUUCUCGACCUACAAAGAAUUGGAAAAGUAUUUCGAGUCGAUCGGUGAGGUGGACGUGGAAACCGACCUGCGCCCCGAAGCGCUCGAAAAAGCAUGGCACCGACUAAUGUCCGCGCUAGCCGAUCGCGACAUGAUCCUGCAACAGGAGGUGCAGCGCCUUGAGCGGCUUCAAAAGCUCGCCGAAAAGGUACAGCGCGAGUACAAGCACACGGAAACGAUCAUCACGAAGAUCGAAUCGCGAAUCUCAGAGGAAAGUCGUCGCAUCGAGCGUUUGCAUCCGGCCGAGGCGAAAAACAUCGUCGAAGGACUCGAUGGCGAUAUUCGCCACUUAGAACAGCCGUUGCAGGAGAUGAACGACGAUUGUCACAACCUGAAAGACGGUCGCUAUCCGCAGGCCAGCGAUCUUCACAAGAAGGUCACCAAACUACACCAACGCUGGUCGCAGCUUAGGACUACAUUCCAUACUAGCCUAGUACAAAAAUUGUCCGGUCUGAGCUAUCCGGUGCAGGAGACGACGAUAACGAAGCAAACGCGCGUUGUCACGGAGACGCGACAGAUCGGUACCAAUCCUUACUUCCGGGAUGUGCAAGAAUAUACCGAAUGGUGCCAAUCGAAACUGAAACAACUGCAUACCUCCGACUACGGUUCUGACCUUCCGUCCGCUAAAGUGGAACUGGAGCGCCAUCAGCACGAACACAAAGUGAUCGAUCAGUUCCACUCUAAAAUUGCCCAGUGCGAACGACAUGCCGCAAACUUCACGGGAGAGGAGCAGCAGCUGUACCGUCAGCGGCUGAGUCAAUUGCAGAAAAUAUAUGCAGAGCUUCUCAGCACCUCGACCAAGCGGCUGUCUGAUUUGGACGCACUUGUCGACUUUUUGGCAACCGCAACGGCAGAGCUAAGCUGGCUAAACGAUCGCGAGCAGAUCGAAGUCAGUCGAGACUGGGCAGAUAAAAAUCUAGACUUAUCUGCUGUACAUCGAUACUAUGAGAAUCUCAUGUCCGAGCUUGAGAAGCGAGAAAUGCACUUUGCUACCAUCCUUGAUCGUGGCGAAGCUUUGCUUGUUCAAUCGCAUCCUGCCUCGAAGUGUAUCGAGGGUCACCUGCAAGCGCUUCAAUCGCAGUGGUCCUGGCUGUUACAGUUAACUUUGUGUCUUGAGGUGCAUCUGAAGCAUGCCACUGAUUACCACUCGUUCUUCGAUGAGGUGCGUGAGGCGGAAAAUUGGCUAACGAAGCGAGACGAAAUCCUGAACAGCAAGUACUCGCAAUCGGAAUUCACUCUCGAUCAAGGUGAAUCGCUACUACGCGGCAUGCAGGACAUUCGGGAGGAGCUGAACGCAUUCGGUGAAACGAUCGCACAGCUGCAACACCAAGCGACCGCUGUAGUACCACUAAAACAGCGUAAGCAACCCGUAAACCGCCAGUGCACCGUACAGUCGAUAUGCUCGUACAAACAGGGCAAUAUUUCGCUCGACAAGAACGAAACAUGCACCCUUCUCGACACAUCCGGACGAGUCAAGUGGCGCGUUAAGACGUCGAAGGGCGUCGAAGGUUCCGUCCAUGGUGUGUGUCUUCUGCUGCCCCCACCAGAUCAGGAAGCCAUUGAGGCGGCUGAUCGAUUGAAACGAUUGUUCGAUCGUUCCGUGGCGCUGUGGCAGAAGAAGCAGCUUCGCCUACGACAAAACAUGAUCUUCGCUACGAUCAAGGUGGUGAAGGGCUGGGACUUUGAACAGUUCCUAGCGAUGGGUGCUGAACAGCGAACCGCCAUCCGUCGGGCGCUGAAUGACGAUGCUGACAAGCUGCUUGCGGAAGGUGAUCCAGCUGAUCCACAGCUUCGACGACUUCGCCGGGAAAUGGACGAAGUCAAUCGGCUGUUUGAUGAAUUCGAGAAACGUGCCAGAGCAGAAGAGGAAAGUAAGCAAGCGAGCCGUAUAUUUACCGAGCAAUGCAUUUCUCUGAAGACGCGUCUUGAGGAGAUGGCGCGAGAGUUGGAUCACAUCAUCCUGUCGCCGAUGCCGCGCGAUCUGGAUUCGUUGGAGCACACGGUCCAGAUACUAGAGGAUUACAAGCGCCGCCUUGGUGGCUUGGAACCCGAUCUAAAGCAUCUGCAGGAAACGUUCCGCACGAUCACGCUGAAGACACCAGCGCUGAAGAAGAGCCUUGACAACCUGAUGGACCUGUGGAAAGAACUGAACACGCAAGCCGGUCUGCAUGGCGAUCGUUUGAAGCUUCUCGAGGGCGCCCUAGCUGGUCUAGAGGACAAUGAACAGGUUAUCUCCGAUUUAGAGGGCAAACUGUCCCGCCAGCUAGAACUUCCGUCGUCGCAGGAAGGACUCUACGAAGUGUACAAGCGGUUGACGGCAAUCCAGGAGACAAUCUCAAGCCAGCAGCCCGAAAUGGACAAGAUGAAUGAUUCGGCAGAUCAGCUUGGUCGCAUGGGCGUCCCAACCAAGGUGCUUGGCGAUCUGAAACGCCUACAUUCCAAUGUAGAACGGCUGAACUCGCGGUGGAAUAACAUUUGUGCACAGCUCGCAGAACGCAUGCGCAGCGUUGAAACGGCAAUUGGAUUGAUGAAAAACUUACAAACCAGCAUUGUCGUGGAGGAGACUUGGGUGGAAAAACAAACGGAGAAGCUGCAGGCGCUUCCGACAGCAACAUCCGCACGGGAGCUCGAUUCGAUGCUCGGCGAAACGGUGGAGCGCGUUCCGAAGGUUGAACAGGUUAACCUCACCGGUGGCCGCUUGAUCCGGGAAGCUAAGAUCUACGAUGGUAAAUGCGUACAUUAUAUCGACUAUCUGAGCGAGGUGCGACCUAGCUUUUCGCCUCCUCGUCAGGACCUCCGACCGGCCAGUGCCGAUCCUGGUGCUACCGAAGUGUACUCAAAACGGCUCGAUACGCUAAACGGCCGUUUUGAGACGCUCAUUGAACAGCUGACCCAAAGACUGAAGACGGCUAUCGAGGUGAAUGGCGCGGAUGGAUUGCGCUACGCAGAAAGUCUACAAAAGCCGCUUCGAACUUAUCGGGUCGAGUUUAAUGUCGGUCGGCCAUCGAAUAAUGGUGGCGAUAGCCACCAUGAGGUCGAAGAGGACAUCUACACCACGACGUACAGCACAUCGCAGAUCACGAAGGUCACGAACAGCAAGCUAAUAUACGAUGCCCACGAUAGCAAUGGCACGAGCAUGCCGACGACUGUGUCUCUAGCGCGCGACAACGGCUCGCCGACGAAAGGAAAACCCACCGAUGGAGGCGCACCGACAAACGGUGCCUCCUCGGUGCAGUUCACGGAAAUUCGCAGCCUAAAGCGAAUCCAGCGCACAAACGAAGCCGUCGGAACGAGUAAUGGUGCCGACGAGGCCGGCGUGAUGAUGGGCGAGAAUAUACUGAACACGCCCGGCAUUAUCGAUCCGGCCACCGGCCGGUCGCUGACCGUCGGCGAGGCUAUCCGGUUGCGCGUGCUAGACGUACGCAGCGGGCUGCUAAAUGUUGGCACCACCGGUGAGCGCAUUAGCUUGGAGGAAGCCGCACUAAGGAAGCUGAUCGAUCCGGAGCUAGCAGAAAAGCUGCUGCGACCGGGAGCUGCCGUCGAUCGGGACGGCCGCCCGAUGAGCUUGCUGGAGGUGAUCCAAAAGGAGAUCCUCGAGGCGGAAAACGGCGGUUCGUACGAGAGCACGGAAAAGCGCAUCAAGGUAACGACCGAAAGCACCAGCCAGCGGCGUAGCAGCGGCAGUGGUGCAAAAAGUAUUGUCGAUGAAAUCAAGCAGGGCCGCGUGGAUGCGACGGCCGGCGGUGCCGGGAUCCACCGGACACCGUCCGGCCGGGACCUCUCACUGGCCGAAGCAUACGAGCGCGGGGUUUUGGUUAGGAGCGAAGCAAUCAAGAUAGGACCACACACACUCUGUCUGGCCGAUGCGCUGGCGCAGGGUCUGGUCGACACCGGUGGCUGGGUGACGGACCGUAACACUGGCGAUACGUUCCGGCUGGAUUCGGCCAUCGAGCGGCGGCUGAUCGAUUCGCACACGCGCGAGGUGGUCGAUACGAGGCACGAUACGAAGAUCACGGUGGCGCAGGCGCUGGAACAGGGCAUCAUCAAUGCGCGAACGGGUCGCUACAUGAACUCGCAGACUAAGGAAAAGCUGACGUUUGCCGAGGCCCGGCAGCGGCAGUUGAUCGGAAAACCGCUCACGCUGAAGGACGUGUGUGAUCUAGAGUUGUACGAUAAAAAUGAGCGCAUCGCUUCACCGACACGACGCGAUCGCGUAAACAUUCCUGGGGCGAUCAGUUUGGGUGUGCUGGAUAGCGAGACGGUACGGUCGGUCUUCAAAACCAAGGGUGCCAAGCUGCUCACGCUGGCAGAAGCAAUGGAUCAGGGUGUGAUACUGCCAUUCGAGAAUCGGUACCGGCAUCACGAAACCGGUGAGCUGAUGACGAUUCCGGAUGCGGUUGCUCGGGGCUUGAUAUCUUCCGUUUCGAUAUUUUCGAUUUUUGACCUCACCGGAUUCAAAGAUCCGCACAGCGGGAAGUUCGUGUCUUUCAACACGGCUCUCGCGAAGAACAUUCUACGCAAGCGCGACGGCCAGUUUUUGCUGGAUAGCGGGAAGGGUGUGCUAAUGCCGUUGGGUGAAGCGGAAGCACUUGGCUUGGUGAAACCGGAAGUGUACAAAAUGUUUACGAGUCCGAUGGGUGUGACGGAUGAAACCAGUGGACAGGAAUUGACGCUAAUCGAGCUGGUGUAUCGUGAUCAUAUCGAUCCGAAGACCGGAUUUUUGCUUGAUAGUUCCCGUCGUGUUCUGCCGCUAGAACCGGCAAUCGAGCAGAAGUUCAUCACCCCGGAAGGUGCUCUGCUGCUGCUCAGUUUGCUCAACAUUAAAAUCACCUCGGAAACGGUAAGCAAGUCUAUCGUAAGAUAUGUUACGAUAACACACGUCGGGGAGACGCCUGAAACGCAACCCCAGGUGUUGAUAUCAUUUACCGAAGCCGUCCGGCAGGGUUUAAUCGAUGAGCAGACCCGUACCUAUCGGGAUCCUGCGACGGGUAAUCUUUACUCCGUUCAACAAGCACUUAAUCAUGGCCUGCUAUUACCGGAUACGGAAGCUCUUCCUUCAAACGAAGCGGGUGCUGGUGAUGGCCCAUCGGGAGUUACUACUGCGAGUAACAUUCCAUUAUACAAUUUCAAAACACAUGUGGUAAAGGAGGUGAAUAAUCGAAGUCUUAACAUUACGACGGAAUACCUUGAACGGGCGGACUCUGAAUUGCAAACGCUAGAGAUUCCACCGAACGGUUGGCCGAUGAAUGAAGCCAUUGAUCGGCAGCUGCUUAAUCCCGACACUGGAUUGCUAGUAAUCCCGGGAACCGAUCGACUGGUAAGCUUCGAGGAAUGUAUCAACUUGCAGAUCGUUGAUCGGCAGUCUGCAUUCGUGUCCGACCCAAGAAACCCAGAACGUCGGGUUACAAUCGAUAGGGCGCUGGAAAAGAAAAUACUCGAUCCCGUGGGGCGAUAUGCUUUACGCAAAGGAGGCGCCAACCCUCUUACAAUGCGAGAAGCCAUCGAUCAGGAGUACAUCAUCUUUGAGCAGAGUCUUCCGGGAUCUCGCAUGGUAUCCGAUGGUUCGAAGAACCGUACGAUACAGAUCCUAAAGCGACCAGGUUUCCCGGAUCGUGUGGAAGUUUCUACCAAGGAUGCCGCGAUGGUAGAGGUGAAGAGUAUCCCGACACCCGAGCUGAUGAGCCCGGAGCCUUUGCAGCUCGCUCCUGGUGUUAUCUAUGAUCCUAGUACGGCGCUUGUGAUAUUUGCUGAAACGGGACGCUCGGAUAGCAUAGUAAAUGCGGCCGCAAGUGGCAAAAUUGAUCCCAACCUAGUGCAAAUGGUCGAUCCUAGUAGCUCGCGAAAAGAAAAACUAUCGAUUGCGGAAGCGAUCGAGCGUGGCCUUAUCGAUUUAAAGACUGGUGAAAUUCGCACCUCCAACGGACCGAUUAGCAUGAUCGAAGCCAUCCAGAAGGGUAUUCUGUUGGUUGUGGGAGCGCCACUAGUGGCCGCAGCCGGUGCAAUCGAUUCCUUGAAACUUUUCACCGAUCCAACGACCGGUGAGGAGAUUCCGAUUGAAUUGGCCUAUGAACGAGGUCUGAUCACGCAAAGCCAGCUGCCAAGUCCGGAGCGGGCUGCGCUGUUGAAGAAAAAACCCAGCAAUUAUGGUUCGGAACCGAAACAACUUCAAAAGACGCGCAAAUGUGUUCUCCGCCCGGCGGAUGCUGCCGAAAAAGGUAUCAUCGAUAGUGAGACAGCGAACAAGCUGGAAGAUCCAACUUUGUUUGCGAAUACACGUCUUACACUCUCCGAUGUGCUGAAGAGCGGCCAACUUAACGGUGAAAGUGGUAAAGUUAUCGAUCCUCAACGGGGUCAUGUAUUGAAUCUGAAUCAGGCGGCCCACAGAGGUAUUCUCGAUUUGCGGGGGACGAAUAAAAUUUUCAUCCCCAUCGCUCGCUGUUUAAGUCUUGACGCGUUGGAGACUCAGGGUCUGUUGAAUCCUUCGGAUUCGCGAAUUUACCAUCCCGAAUCAGGACAACUGCUAACCCUUCGGGAAGCACUGUUGUGUGAAAUAGUUGACCCCUUGGCUGUGAUUACCAUCGAUGGGCAAUCGAUGCCACUGGAGCAAGCAAUAAGUGCCGGUGUUGUUGAUGAAGAUCGCUGUACGCUCUCGGGUGAUGUUACCAUUGCGGACGCCAUUGACCGAGGACUUUGCCACUCUUCAAACUACGAAUCUAAAAUACCUCCGAUUGGGAUGACACUGCCGGUGAUCGUUGAACGAGGUUUGCUCGAUAUCAAGAAAAAAGAAAUAACACAUCCUAUAUCCCGUGUGCCAAUGCCUUUAGAGCAGGCGCUGAAGAAUGAUUUUGUAAUGGCUACACCAUACACUCCCAACUUAGAUGGUGUGACAUUGUUAGAAGCCAUUGAUCAGGGGCGAAUAGACACCGAAAAGGGUACGUUUAAGGCCGCUCUAAAAGGAACCACAGACGUCCGAGAUGUGCCUUUACGUGAGGCUAUCGAUGCGGGUCAAUUGAUAGUGAAGCCUUUGCCUAAGUUGAUCCAAAAUCUACAGGCCAAUCGUACGGUGACGUCAGUUAAAGAAACCGUAUCUGCCCUUCAUGCAAUCACGACAAAGACGGUCGAAAUCCAAUCCGGUUACGCAUUAAUUUCGGCUAAUGAGGUGCAAGAUUUGCAAACCGGCGCAAUCAUGUCCAUUGAUGAUGCGUACAAACAGGGUAUAAUUUCGAAUCCAGAAGAAUCCAAACAAAAUCUUGUACAGCAAGAAGUGAGCAUUGGCUUUAACGACGCCCUUCAACGAGGAUUACUUGAUGUAACGAAGGGCACAUUUACUCAUCCAGACAAUGGAGAAGUCAUGUCGAUCUCCGUCGCGGUUGAUCGCGGUUUCAUUGGUUCACAUUCGUCCAGCGAGGAAACUCUCAAUCGUUCUCCAGAAAUGUCCCACAGAGCUAUCAGUUCCGGUGGUUUACCGACAUCAGAGGGUAUACCUACAGAUUCUACCAGCAAACUAAUACCAGGAGAAGCUACCCAACCCAUGAGAUCAGGACCACAACCAACUGCUAUGCCUGUUGGUAAAGCUGUGGAUCGUAAUGAGUCGAUAGCCUCGGGUAGUAGUGGUAGUAAUAUUGGAGCUAACAUUAAAGAUGCCGCUAAAUUGGGUCUUAUGGCUGUUGUGGGUGCCCCGGUGCUUGGCGGAAUGGCCAUUGCUGGUGCAGUAAAGAAAGCUUUCGAAAAGAAAGAUAAUACGACUAGUGCGGUUGAUUUUGAAGUGGUUGGCAAUGUGGAAGGACCAACCAUGCCGUUCGUUAAUCUUGCAUCGGACCCCAUAAAUGAGUCCGUAUCAAGAGGAAUCGCGCAAUUGCCCAAAGAUAGCACAAUUCCUAAUUCUGGAGAACAACCUUUAGAUCAUGGCAUCAUCGCUGAACAAAUGAUGGAAGGAUUGAAACCAAAUGAUAAAGCUAACGAUGUUAUUAAUGCUAGUAAUGUAACACCUGUUGACAAACAUACUCACUCUGAAAAUGAUUCUGUCGUGGAAAAUCAGAAACAAUUGGCAGACAAUGCGGGAACAUCUGGUAGGGAAGAUCAACUCCUUGAAAUGAAAAAAGAAAAGCCGGAUAAGAAUAGUUUAGAUGCAUUCUUGGAAGCGGAAAAAGAUAGCUCCAAAAUAACUCCACAACCAGUACCAACAGAAUUGAGCUUGAAAUCAGAUGCCUCAUUAGAUAGCGUAAACGUAUUAGCUAAACAACAGAUUUCAACCGAGGAUUCGGUGAAACAAACUCUCGCUGGAGUACCUGUUGCUCUAACACAAGAACAAUCGGGUAAGUUAUCUGAAAUGGAGGUCCAAUCAGCGCAUCCCGAGCGUCUUGUUGAAAGUAGCCUUGAUCAUCCUGUUGCAGAAGUACAGGAACAAUCGGGCAAGUUCUCGGGAGUGGAAGCCAAAUCAGAGCUUCCAGAGCGUUUUGUUGAACGAAGCCCAGAGCAUCAUGGUGAGAAAGUUGACCACAAAGAAUCACCCAAAGCCGCUGUUAGUGCUUCUGAACCGAUGGACGAUUCUUCUGUUCUGAAAACAUCCAAAGAUGCUGUUACUGGUUCUGAACCGAAAGACAUUUCUUCUGUUGCUACCACUGGCAACGACACACCCGCGAAAGAUGUAUCGAGUACCGGCAAUAAUUUGAUUGCUGAUCCAACAGCAUCGCAAUUCGAUAUGACUAGUUUAGUAACGACACCUGUCGCAGCUUCUUUGGAUGUAGAACAAAACUUGAUCAAAACAUCAGAUCCUUUAAAGAGUUACUCAGCCGAUGAACUUCCCCAAGAUACAAACUUAAGCAUGCAAAAGAGUGAUCAAAUGUCCGAGAAGUCCGCACCUGAAACGAUCCGGGGUACAUCCGCAGAUGGGCUGUUUAAAGAAGCUCCUGUCACUCUUAACGCUUCAUCGAGUAAUGGAGCCGGUAGUAAGCUGAUGGAUGCAGCUAAACUAGGGCUAAUGGCCGUAGUGGGAGCACCUAUAUUAGCAGGAAAAGCAGUUGUAGAUGCUCUAAAAUCCGAUAAGCAAUCUUCUGUGAGUGUAGGAGCUCCAGCAGAAGUUUCAGAGCGACAUGUAACGUUCGUUGAGCGAUCUUUGGAACGUCCCGAGCGUAUGACUCUGGGAGAAGCCAUCUCUCAGGGUAAGAUUGAUCCCAAAUACUGCCGCAUCAUGGUAGAUGACAAACAGAUGCCGUAUACAGUCGAAGAGGGUUUGAACAAUCGCAACGUCCGCAUCUACGAUGUCGUCGACGUGCUCUCGAAGGAGCUUAUUUCAUUUGUAGAAGGCGAAGAAGGUGACGACACCCUCGUGCUGGACACGGCCCUGAGCGAGCAGCGCCUGGGUGAAUUGGGUGUGUAUGACGUAGAGAAAGGCUGUUUCCUCGAUCCGAGUACCGGAGAGCGUGUGUCUUUCCGUGAUCUUAUCUACAACGCUGGUUCGUUGAUUGAUCCUAACACCAUUUUUGUGAAGGAUCUCGGUCGGAACCGCUUCGAGCGGCUGGAUGCUGCGUUAAAGAAGCAUCUGAUCGAUAAGCACACGGGUCAUAUGCUGGACAAUAAGACGGGCAAGAAGGUAAAGUUCGUCGAAUGUUGCCGUCGCGGUUGGAUUGUGCAACGCGAGCCUUCCGGUGAUGAAGAUCUUUCCCCGACACUUGCCGAGGUCAUUGAUGCGGGCCAGAUCAACCCGCAGACGGGUGAGUUUAUACAGAACAACGAGAGUGUUCCGAUCGCCGAGGCGUUACGGGCUGGGUUGAUUAACAAUGAUUCGCUCUCCGUACGGGAUCCGACAGACGGACAGGUUGUACCGCUGGCGGUGGCCAUUGAGAAGGGUAUCAUUGAUCUCAAGCUUGGCGUUUUGUUCAACAAGGACACUCAAGAAGAGAUCGAUUUGAAUGAUGCGUACGUGCGGGGAUACAUGCUGGAAGGCAAACGAAAGCCAAUUUCUCUCGAAGCUGCUGUGCUCAAGGGACUAUACAAUCCGGAAUCGGGUCUCAUUCUCGAUACGAUCACGGAGGAGAUGGUCGACGUGCAACAGUCCGUUGACAAAGGUAUCGUUGAUCCUAAGAUCUCCAACGUGAAGGACACCAAGGAGAACACCCUUGUGCCGCUUCAGGAUGCACUGGACAAGAAGCUGAUCGACGCAGAGUCGGGUAAGCUAAAGGAUACGGCCAGUGACGAGCUCGUACCACUGGAUGUAGCGCUCGAGAAGAAUCUGAUGGACACCAAACACGUGACCCACAGUUUGAUCGACGUACUCAGCCGUGAGUUCUAUAACCCGGCAACGGGAAAAAUUCUCGAUCCAGCGAAUGGAGAUGAGAGUAACUUGAAGGACGCGAUUGGUGCCAAGCUGGUGGAAAUCGAUAGUGUGUUAAUCCGCGAUGAGGCAAAGGAAAGUGUGGUCAAAUGCCGCGAUGCCAUUGCCAGUGGUCUCGUUGACGAUGUAAGGGGUGUUCUAACGCGCCCAGAACUCACGCUCGAUCGUGCUUACCAGAAGGGUUACGUGCUGAGCAACAAGAAACCGAUUUCACUCGCUGACGCCUUGCUGCGUGGGUUUUAUGAUCCAGCAACGGGCAAACUAUUACUUGAAGAUGCCCCUACCGCCAUCACACUCGAACAAGCGAUUGCGGAGGGAGAAAUCUCCACGAACGAUUUGAUCGUGCGUGAUCCCAAGAGUGGUACCGUCAUCAGCCUCGCUGAAGCGAUACGUGGUGAACUGGUAGAUCCUCGCGCGGGUCUAGUGGUUGAUUCCGCUUCCGGUCUGAGCAUGGGUCUCGGAGAAGCUAUGGAUCGCGGGUUGAUCGUUGCGUCCAAGCGACGUUUGAGUCUCCCCGAUGCCGUGUACCGUGGCCUGUACGAUCCCAAAUCGGGUCAGUUUAGCAGUACGACCACACCAGAACGCAUGUCUACCGAGCGAGCCAUCCGACGUGGUAUGCUGGAUCCGGAAUCCACCAUCGUAACCGUGGGUGGAAAGAUAGUCCCGUUCGAGCUAGCUAUCGAGAAUGGUACCGUGGACGUACGUCGUGGUACGAUUCGCGAUGAUGAUGGCGUACGGGUUGAUUUCCGUGAAGCGUUCGAUCGAGGCUUGCUAGUUGAAGUGCGCAAACCUAUCGGAUUGAGCGAAGCCGUUCUCAAGGGUAUCUAUCGGGAGGGAAAUGGAAUGUUUGUCGAUCCAAAAACAGGCAAGAAACUUACGCUCGAGCAAGCGAUCGCGGGCAAACUGAUCGAUCCGUACUCGGUGCAGGUGCGUGACCCUACCACCGGGUACUAUAGGGAUUUAGAUCUCAACGAUGCUAUUACGACGCGGUUCAUCGAUGGGGACAAUUCGAAGGUACAACAUGGUGAUGGAGUGAUUACGCUGAAGCAUGCGUUCGACAUCGGAUUGUUGUACGAUCGAAAGGCACCGGUUAGUCUUCAGCGAGCCAUCCAUCAGGGUAUCUACGAGGAUAAAACCGGCAAAUUCGUCGAACCAACCACGGGACGUAAGAUCACGCUGCAGGAAGCAAUGCGCAAAUUCGUUAUCAAUCCGCAGCUACCGUGUUAUUUCAAUGAGCGUGAUGAAACCAUGCUUAACCUCUUUGAGGCAUGCCGGGCUAAGCUGAUCGAUCGCCGUGAGGGCGUGUUCCGUGAGCCUGGCAGCGAGGUGUUUAUUCCCUUGAGUGAAGCGCUCGCGUUAGGGCUGAUCGUGGACAUUGAGAGUGCAGGUUUCGGGCUUUAUGAAACGCUCGCAAUGGGCUUCUAUCGGCCCCAAACGGGUCAGAUCGUACAUCCGAUCACGGGUCGAGAAAUAACGCUCGAGGAUGCCUGUUCGGAGGACAUCGUUAGUCCGGCAGCAUCCAUCGUCAAGAUUGCGGACUCGGGACGCUACGUCCGGUUGGACGAAGCUAUUAAGCAAGGGGUUAUAGACGCACAGAGCGGCGUGUACAAGCUAUCGGAUGGGAAGAUCGACUUACAGGAAGCACGCCGAAGGGGUUUGAUAGUCACGAAUCAAAAGCUGCUCUCGCUAGAAAAAGCCAUCAAAAUGGGUCUUUACCGUGCGGACGAUGGGGCAUUUGUUGAGCCCUGCUCGGGUGAUCUAUUGAACCUGCAGGAAUCCCUCGAUGCCGGUUUGCUCGAUUUUGAGACGACCGUGUACAAGGACGCGGUCACCGGACAAGAUAAGCCACUUCGUGCGGCCAUGGAUCACGCCGAUAUCGAUGUGGAAAAAGGGAAAGUGCUUGAUCGUAAGAACGAUCGCGCGUACAACUUUGACGUUGCCUUCGGCAAGGGUCUAUUAGUGACAGUUCAUCGACCGAUCACGGGUAAGAUCCUGGAGCGUAAAGAAUCGAUCGAUAACUUGCUGCAAGAGUCUCCGAUCGGUAAGGGUCCGAAGGAGAUGAGCCUACAGGAUGCGUUACGAUACGAUGUCCUGUCACUCGAUGGGUCUGUGGUGCGUGAUCCACGCACAGGGUUGUUUGUGCCGUUACGUCAAGCGUUACAAGAUGGUGUCCUGCAAGAAAGCGCCCGUGCCACCGUCGAUCCGAAACUGCUGUUCUUCACCUUCGACAAUGAUUGUGUAGUGUACGUGCGCGAACCGCUCAGCUUCGAUCGUGCCGUCGAGUGCCAGCUGUUAGAUCUGUCGACCGGCCGGUUCCAAAACCGAUCGUUGCCUCCAUCGUCAGCCACCCAACUCGAACCGGACCACCAACCGCCAGCCAUCACCCUCCGCGACGCCAUCGUGCAGGGUCUGAUCGACCCGGAAUCCGUACUGCUAAAGGACGGUGCGAAGUGCAAGCUGCUGCACCUACCGGAAGCCUUCCGCAAGGGUCUGAUCGAGCCAGAAAAGUCGAACGUACUCGACACGGCCAGCUCAAAGCUGGUCCCCUUACAGGCGGCCGUCGAAUCCGGUCUGCUCACGACACCACGUCGUUCGUUCGGGUUGCUUGAAGCGCUCGACUACCAGCUGUACGUACCGGCCGAGGGCUCGUUCCGCGAUCCGUUCCAUCAUGCGGCCCCGGCCCGGACGCUUUCGGCCACCAUCGAGGCCGGACUGCUCGAUCCCUCGACUACGGUGGUUCGCGACAGUGUCGGUAAAGGUAGUGCGAUAGUGCCGCUCGCGUCCGCCAUCGCCAGCGGGUUGGUCGACGCCAACCGCGGCCGGUACCACGGGGACGACGAUUGCGAACCAAUCGAUCUGGUGAAAGCCCGCGAGAAAGGAUAUCUCUUGCGAGCGGAGCAACGGCAAGCAGUGAUCGAGAAAUUCGCUCUCUGUGAGGACCACCUGGCCAAGCUCCUGGAAUGGAUUACGCGUGUCGAACAGGACAUAGCCGCUGUCGGCGGACCCAAAGAACGGGUCGAUGAUCUUCGUAAUCAGAUCAACUCGCUGAAGCAAAUCAAGGAAGACAUCGAUGGACAGAGCCGUCCCGUUGCCUCAUGCUUGGAUCAAGUACGCCAGCUUGUUCUAACGGGAGGAGACGUUCUGAGCGCUCCCGAAGUAGCAGCCCUUGAAACGUCGGGUCGUGAACUUCGAUCACGUGUCGAUAAGGCACAGGAUCGCACCGGCAAACUGCUGCGCCGUUUGGGAGCCGCUCGUGACGAAUUGGGAAAACUGCGUUCGGAAUUGGAUACGUUCUCAAGCUGGCUGCAGACUUCUCGACGCAUUUUAGAGGAUAAGGAAACCACCCUCUCUGAUCUGAACAACCUACCAUCGCAAUCUGACUCGGUGAAAGAAUUCCACAGUGACGUUAUUGCGCAUCAGGCUGACCUGCGCUUCAUUACCAUGUCCGCACAGAAGUUCGUCGAUGAGUGCAAGGAUUAUUUGGGAGUCCUGAACGAUUUCCGCACCACGCUACCGAAUCGUUUACCACACAUCGAGCAGAUUUCGAGCUCCGACAGCCCGAUUCGUCAGGAAGUGUCACUCGUGACGGCUCAGUACCGUGAUUUGCUGAAUCGUGCCAACGCAUUAUUGGAUCGCCUAGCCGGACUUGGCAAUCGUCAACGAGACUAUCAAGAAUCGCUGGAGAAGGUGCGCAUCUGGUUACGCGAUGUACAGCCGCGCGUCAGCAGUGUGCUUUCGGAUCCGAUCGCUGCCGAUCCCCAGUCGGUACAGGAUCAGAUGAAUCAAACAAAGGCACUGCAGAGCGAAUUCCUCUCACAGGGCCGUCUGCUCGACAAUGUGCAGCACUCUUUGGAUGCCCUGUUGAAAUCUCUUGCCGGUCGCUUGAGCCCAUCAGAAGUGUCCGCUCUGGAGAUUCCAGUAGAAGAAGUGAAGGAUAAGUACAGCCAAUUGUUAGAAGCGUUGAGCGAUCGUUCGAAGCUGCUUGAUACAGCUUUGGUGCAGUCGCAAGGCGUGCAGGACGCAUUGGAUGGCCUCGCUGUAUGGAUCAACCAAUCGGAGGAGAAGUUCAAGCUGCAAAACCGUCCGGCAUCGCUCAUCAAGGACCGCUUGAAUGAACAGGUGCGCGAACAUCGGGGACUUUUGAACGAUUUGGAAUCGCACCGUACGAGUCUGGAAAGUGUGACGCUUUCUGCGCAAGAGUUGAUGGCAACACCAUCGAACACGCGUCUUGCUAAGCGCAUCGAAAGCAACCUUAGUGACGUAACUGGUCGCUUCGAGAAGUUACUUGACAAGGCAUUGAAGCGAGGCGAGUUCCUAGAAGAUACUCUGUCACAGCUAAGUAAAUUCCUGAACGAUUCUUCGAAUCUGGAACAUGAAUUGACGGCAUUGAACGAGGCAUUGGAAGGUCGUGAACUUAUGUCGCUUCCAGCGGAGGUGCUUGCACACCGUAUGGUAGAGCUGUCACGACUAAAGGAAGAGCUACGCCCACAGUACGAGGCCACUGUACGAUUGGGUAAGGAUCUUGUUGCGAAGCGAGACGUUACCGAUACAGGAGUGGUUCGUGAUUUGGUCAAAGUCUUGGAGAACCUCUGGAAGACCAUGGAUACAACUCUGGAUGAGAAGCUGAAACUAUCGAAGCAGAAGGCUGAACAGCUGCAUGCCUACGAAGACCUCAAGGACCAAGUGCUCGUAUGGCUUUCCAGCAUUGAGACGAGAACGAACAAUCUCGCUCCAGUUGCGGUUGAUGUGGAUGCUAUCAAGUUCCAGAUUGAAGAAGUUCGUCCGCUCGUGAAGGAACAUCGUGACUACGGUGUGACGAUCGACCGUGUGAAUGAUCUUGGUGCCCAGUAUGACGCUCUAAUUCGUCCGGACAGUCCAACGCGCAAGCGGUCGGUAUACAGUCCUAUAAAACGAUCGACAGUUAGCCCCAUGCGACGUCUUUCGGGAGAUGCACGAUCACCCAGCCCAACCAAGGGUGGUCCAUCACCCGCAAGUGGCCGACGCUCAUCGCAAGACGGCUUCCAGCUUACCGAUCUGACUCCGAUCCAACAACAGCUUACCGAAAUCAACAAUCGCUACAGCUUAGUUGGAGCUCGGUUGAACGAUCGUCAGAACGAAUUGGACUCGGUACGUGAUGAAGUACGCAAGCACCAGGAUAAUCUGAAGACUCUGGCAAGUUUCCUUGACAAAAUCCAUCGCCAAGUGCCUCGCGAUGUUAUCGGCAACAAAGAAGAAGCCGAUCGUUGCAACAAGCAGGCUCGUAAAAUCCUUGAGGAAAUGUACGAACGACAAAGCCUACUUGACUCGACGAAGGCUCAAGUGAAAGAUCUGCUGAAGCGCAAACCAGAUGUUCAAGGUGCGGAACGACUGCGUUCUGAGUUGGAUGCUGUCGCCGAACGUUGGAAGAGCCUGAACGAUCAGUGCAAGGAUCGCAUUACUUUCUCGGAGCAUUUGCGUGACUUCCUUGAUACCCAUGACAAUUUGAAUUCCUGGUUGACUGCAAAGGAACGCAUGCUAACUGUGCUUGGACCGAUUUCGUCGGAUCCGCGUAUGGUGCAAAGCCAAGUGCAACAGGUGCAAGUGCUGCGUGAAGAAUUCCGUGGUCAACAACCCCAGCUGAACCAUCUGCAGGAGGUAGGAAAUGCGGUGCUGGAACAUUUACGCGAAUCCUCACCAGAAGGACAGGCUGUCUCAUCUAAACUGCGCAACGUGCAGAAGAAAUGGGACGAGCUGGUGGCCCGUUUGGAUGAGCGAGCCCAAAGUCUGGGAGCUGCCGCAGAUAGUUCGAAGGAGUUCGAUGCUGGUUUGAACCGAUUGCGCGAGGCACUGCAGACGAUAAGUGACAACCUCGACUCACUGCCAACCGAUCGCGAUCACCAGGAAACGUUGCGCAAGAUUGAAAAUCUCGAACGCCAGCUGGAAGGACAACGUCCGCUUUUGGCCGAUUCCGAAGCCGCAGCUGAGACUCUGUGUCGUGUAUUGAGUGAUCCGGUAUCACGUGCGGACGUUAAUGCACGUGUUGCCGCUGUCGGAAAGCAGUAUCAGACGCUGCAGAAGAAACUUGACAUGCGCAAGGCUGAGACCGAUGCCGCAUUGCGCGAUGGACGUCAGUUUGCUGAGACGUGUGCGAAGACAUUGGGAUGGCUGUCAGGCGAGUUGGGCAAUCUAACCGAUCGUCUGCUUGUAUCUGCUCACAGACCCACUCUACAGCAUCAGAUCGAUACGCACGAGCCCGUCUAUCGCGAAGUGAUGGGUCGGGAGCACGAAGUAAUCAUGCUGUUGAACAAGGGACGUGACUUGCAAGACAAGCCUGGUCAAAACACCGAUCGGGCUAUGCAACGUGAUCUGGAGAAGAUUGCGCAGCAGUGGGAUCGUCUUCGCUCGGCUGCCGUCGAUCGACAUUCACGACUGCAGACAUGUAUGGAGCACUGCAAGAAGCACGCUGCCGCAUCCGAAGCAUUCCUGUCGUGGCUACGCGGUGCCGAAGAUAAGCUGGCAAUGCUCAAGCCAGGUCUGCUGAAAAAGCAGCAGCUCGAUCAGCAGCUACGCGAUCUCCAGACGAUUCGCAGCGACGUGUGGAAACGUUCCGGAGAAUACGAAACGUGCCGUAGCCUUGGCGAAACAUUCAUUGGUGCCUGCGAUGUCGACAAGGAAGCGAUCAAGGCAGAGCUGCAGGACAUGAAAGAUCGCUGGGAGCGUUUGAACAACGAGCUGCUGGCCCGAGCGCAAACCCUGGAGACGUGUGCCAAACGGUUGGGUGAUUUCAACGAAGAGCUUCGUGAUCUUGAUCACGCAGUUGGUCGCUGUGAAGAUCGUCUCGCCGCGCACGAUGCGCUGGGUGGAGCAGCCAAGGAUCCGAAGCUGCUGGAACGAGUUCGUGCGAUCAAGGACGACGCAGCUGCCUUGCGUAAGCCUUUGCAGUCGGUGCGCAAGUUGGCUGGUGAAAUCGCAGGAGAAGCACGAGCCGCCGGUGGUGAUGCCGAUCAUCUUAAGACGGAGGUUGAUGGUAUUUCCGAUCGUAUCGAGGAUCUUCAUGCUCGCUUGGAUGAUCGUUGUGGUGAGCUGCAAUCUGCUGCCACGGCAGUGUCGCAGUUCAACGAUAAGGUGAAGCUGCUUGGCGUGGAUUUGAACGAUUUGGAACACCAGGUCGAUUCACUACACCCACCGGCACGUGAAAUCAAGGUCGUUCUGAACCAGCUGGACGAGGUCGCUGGUAUCCUGAACAAGAUUGAUCGCGUGGCCGCUCACGUCAGCGAAGUGGAGCGUGCCGGUGAGCAACUGGUAGACAGUGGAUUUGCUCCCGAUACUGCCCAGACGCGUGACCAAAUCGGAACAUUGCGCAAACAGUUGGGACGACUGGAGAAUCGCACUCGCGAUCACGACGAUGCCUUGCAGCGUGCCUUGAAGGCGCUGGAGAAGUUCUACGAUCUGCACCAGCACACGCUGGAGGAUGUUGGCGAAGUGAGCGACCAGCUAAAGAAGAUGAAACCGGUCAGCUCAGAGCUGGAGCAGAUUCGCCACCAACAGGAUGAUUUCCGUCGAUUCCGUCAGCGCGUAGUAGAACCGCUAACCGGAAAGAUUGACGAACUGAACCGCCUUGGACAGGAUCUGAUUCGUUCAGCGCAAGGAGGAGUGCCUACGGCGCUUCUUGAAAAGGAUCUGGAAAAGAUCAACGACCGCUGGAACGAACUCAAGGAAAAGAUGAACGAACGCGAACGCCGGUUGGAUGUUGGACUGUUGCAAUCUGGAAAGUUCCAAGAAGCUCUCGAUGGCCUUUCCGAAUGGUUGAAGGUAACGGAGGAGAUGGUGGCUAACCAGAAACCACCAUCCGCCGACUACAAGGUCGUGAAGGCGCAGCUGGCCGAUCAGCCGUUCCUCAUGAAGAUGCUGUCGGAUCGACAAGAAACGAUGGCAUCGAUGUUCGAACUCGGACAGGAAGUUGCUGCCGGAUGUGACGCAUCGGAGAAGGCCGCCAUUGAACGACAACUGAAGGAGCUGAUGCGACGUCUGGACGAUCUGACUGAUGCCGCGCAGCGUCGCACGCACGAUCUCGAACAGGCUAUGCAUGUGGCGAAACAGUUCCAGGAUCAACUCAUCCCGCUUACCAAGUGGCUGGACGGAGCAGAGCGUGCUGUUAAAGCUAUGGAGCUUGUGCCAACAGACGAAGAGAAGAUCCAGGCACGCAUUCGCGAGCAUGAACAACUACACGAUGAAAUCCUGUCGAAGAAACCAGAUUUCACCGAGCUUGCCGAUAUCGCAGCUCAGUUGAUGGAGCUGGUCGGUGACGAUGAAGCGGUGACCCUAAGUGAAAAGGUCAAGAACACUACAGAUCGUUACACAGAUUUAGUGGUUGCCAGCGAGAAUAUCGGCCAUGUGCUGAACGAAUCUCGACAGGGACUGCGUCAUUUGGUGCUCACCUACCAGGACCUAGUGUCAUGGAUGGAAAAGACGGAGAACAAGCUGCAACGCUUCAAGAUCAUUCCGGUGCACACAGAGAAGCUGCUCGAGCAGAUGAACGCGCUGGUUGUGCUCAACGAGGAGAUUGCUAGCCGCUCGCCAAAUGUUGAAUCAACGGUGGACGUUGGCUCGGAGCUGAUGAAGCACAUUUCCUCCGAUGAAGCGCUUCAAUUGAAGGAUAAGCUCGAUUCGCUCCAGCGUCGUUACGGUGAACUGACGACAAAGGGUGGCGAUCUGUUGAAGCACGCCCAGGAUGCGCUACCAUUGGUGCAACAGUUCCACGAUUGCCAUUUGCGUUUGGUCAAUUGGAUGCAGGCGGCAGAAUCGUCUCUCGCGACGGGAGAUGCCAACGAGAACGACAUCGCGCGUCUGGAGGCUGAACUGAGUGAGAUUCGUCCAUUGUUGGAGCAAGUGAACUCAAUCGGUCCCCAGUUGUGCCAGAUCUCGCCCGGAGAAGGAGCAUCGACGAUCGAAGGCAUUGUCACACGAGACAACCGGCGGUUUGAGGCAAUCGUCGAACAGAUCCAACGCAAGGCUGAACGUCUGCAUUUGAGCAAGCAACGAUCGAACGAGGUCACUGCUGAUAUUGACGAGUUGUUGGAGUGGUUCCGUGAUAUGGAUGCCACUCUGCGCGAUGCAGAUCCACCAGCGAUGACACCGAAGUUGGUGCGCACGCAAUUGCAGGAACAUCGUUCCAUCAACGACGAUAUUUCCAGCCAGAAGGGUCGCGUGCGUGACGUAACUGCAGCUGCCAAAAAGGUACUGCGCGAGUCCCAACCGAACGACAACACGAUCGCGCUGCGCGAGAAACUGGAAGAUCUGAAGGAGGUGGUCGAAACUGUGGCUGCUCUCUGCUCGAACCGACUAUCGGUGUUAGAACAGGCGUUGCCGCUGUCGGAGCACUUCGCUGAUUCGCACACUGGUCUCGCAAGCUGGCUGAACGACAUGGAACACCAAAUUUCGAUGCUCUCGAUGCCGGCGUUGCGUCCGGACCAGAUCGCAAUUCAGCAGGACAAGAACGAACGGUUGACUCAAUCGAUCGCUGAACAUAAGCCACUGCUCGAUAAGCUCAACAAAACCGGUGAAGCGUUGAUGGCACUGGUGGCCGAUGACGAUGCGGCAAAGAUUGGAGAGAUUCUGGAUUCGGAUAAUGCGAGAUACGCGGCACUACGUACUGAGCUGCGUGAUCGCCAAAACGCUCUCGAUCAGGCGCUACAGGAAUCCAGCCAGUUCUCGGAUAAGCUGGAAGGAAUGUUGCGCGCUCUGCAGAACACUGCCGAUCAGGCCAACCAGGCGGAUCCGAUUUCUGCGCAUCCACCUAAAAUUCGUGAUCAGAUUGACGAAAACGUGGCGCUGGUACAGGACAUCGAUAAACGCGGAGAAGCGUUUGCAGCAGUGCAACGCGCUGCCAGUGAUGUGAUUUCGAAGGCAACAAACCAGUCCGACCCUGCUGUGCGAGACAUCAAGAAGAAGCUGGACAAACUCAACGCACUUUGGGGCGAUCUGCAGAAGACGACUUCGAAGCGAGGUGCCGCGCUGAACGAUACGCUUUCGGUGGCGGAGAAGUUCUGGAAGGAAAUGCAGGCGGUCAUGGAGACUUUGAAGGAGCUGCAAGAAGCUCUUCAAACGCAAGAACCUCCUGCGGCUCAGCCACAAGCCAUCCAGAAGCAACAGGUCGCGCUGCAGGAGAUUCGUCAGGAGAUCGACCAAACGAAGCCAGAAGUGGAGCAAGUGCGUCGUACCGGCAGCAAUUUGAUGUCGCUCUGCGGCGAACCGGACAAGCCGGAGGUGAAGAAACACAUCGAAGAUCUGGAUAACGCUUGGGAUAACAUCACGGCGCUGUAUGCGAAACGGGAAGAAAAUCUCAUCGAUGCCAUGGAGAAGGCGAUGGAGUUCCACGAGACACUGCAGAACUUGCUAAACUUCCUGUCACGUGCGGAGGAUCGUUUCCAGAAGCUGGGACCACUCGGCUCGGACAUCGAGGCUGUGAAGAAACAGAUCGAACAGCUGAAGCACUUCAAGGAUGACGUCGAUCCUCACAUGGUGGAGGUGGAAGCAUUGAACCGGCAAGCGGUAGAGCUUACGGAGCGUACAUCGGCUGAGCAGGCAGGAGCCAUCCGCGAGCCUCUAAAUGCCGUCAAUCGGCGUUGGGAGAACCUUCUGCGUGGAAUGGUGGAUCGUCAGAAGCAAUUGGAGCAUGCGCUGCUUCAUCUCGGCCAAUUCCAGCAUGCCCUGAACGAGCUGCUCGUAUGGAUCAACAAGACAGAUGCGAAUCUGGAUGAGCUGAAACCAAUUCCUGGUGAUCCACAAUUGCUGGAGGUCGAGUUGGCCAAGCUGAAGGUGUUGGCGAACGAUAUCCAUGCUCACCAGAGCUCCGUCGACACGUUGAACGAUGCUGGUCGGAAGCUGAUCGAAAACGAUCGCGGUUCACUGGAGGCCUCGACAACGCAAGACAAGCUGCAGCAACUGAAUAAGCAAUGGCGUGAUUUGCUGCAGAAGGCAGCCGAUCGUCAACACGAGCUGGAAGAGGCGCUGCGUGAUGCGCAAGGAUUCACAGCCGAAAUUCAGGACCUGCUUGGAUGGCUUGGCGACGUUGAUGCUGUGAUCAGUGCGAGCAAACCCGUCGGUGGUCUGCCUGAGACGGCUUCUGAACAGCUCGAGCGGUUCAUGGAGGUGUACAACGAGUUGGAGGAGAAUCGUGCCAAGGUAGAAACGUUGAUUGCACAGGGUCAAGAGUACGUGCGUAAGCAAACGCAGUUGCAUGUGUCGGCAAGCAAUCUACAACACACGCUGCGAACGUUGAAGCAACGCUGGGAUGCGGUUGUGUCGCGCGCUUCGGACAAGAAGAUCAAGCUGGAGAUUGCGCUCAAAGAAGCGACCGAAUUCCACGAUGCGCUCCAAGCGUUUGUCGAGUGGCUAACGCAGGCUGAAAAGCAACUAUCGAGUGCGUCUGCUGUAUCGCGCGUGCUGGAAAUGAUUCAGCAGCAAAUGGAAGAACAUAAGGUGCUGCAGAAGGACGUGUCGAUCCAUCGUGAAUCGAUGCUGCUCUUAGACAAAAAGGGCACGCAUCUGAAGUACUUCAGCCAGAAACAGGAUGUCAUUCUGAUCAAGAAUUUGCUUGUGUCGGUGCAACACCGUUGGGAACGCGUGGUGGCCAAGGCCGCCGAAAGAACGCGUGCCCUUGAUCACGGUUACAAAGAGGCCCGUGAAUUCCAUGACGCUUGGGUGCAGUUGACGAGCUGGUUGAAGGAGACGGAGAAAACUCUGGAUACGUUGGCCGAGGAAACGAGCAACGAUGCGGUGAAAAUCAAGAAGCAUCUAGAGAAGCUCCGAGAAAUCCAGCGCAAUCUGCAAUCAAAGGAAAGCUUCUACGAUAGCACGAUGCGUAACGGCAAGGGUUUGAUGGACCGUGCGCCGAAAUCCGACGAACCAGUAUUGUCGAAGAUGAUGAGUGAGCUGAAGGACUCGUGGAAGCGCGUCUGUCACAAGAGCGUCGAAAGGCAGCGUAAGUUCGAAGAAGCACUGCUGCUCUCUGGACAGUUUGCCGAUGCGCUGCAGGCUCUGCUGGAUUGGCUGCGCAAAACGAAGGCUCGUCUGGCAGAGGACGGACCGGUGCACGGUGAUUUGGACACGGUGACGACACUCGUCGAACAUCACCGUCAGCUAGAGUCUGAUCUGGACAAGCGAUCGGCACAAAUGCAAAGCGUCAUGAAGACUGGCCUCGAGUUGGAACGGUCCGAUGAGUCCCGUGAAACGAGCAAGAACUUGAAGGAGAUGCAACGAUUGUGGGACGAUGUGCAGGAUUUGAGCAGUCGUCGCAAGAGCCGGCUAGAUGUAGCACUGAAAGAAGCAGAGCGGCUGCACAAAUCUGUGCACAUGCUUCUCGAAUGGCUAUCGGAGGCGGAGCAGAAGCUUCGCUUUGCGGCCGCCUCUCCGGACGAUGAGGCUCAAGCCAAGGAUUUGCUCGAUAUUCACGCGAAGUUCAUGAAGGAAUUGCGUGAAAAGGAAUACGACAAGGAAGACACGAUCGGAUUGGCCAACAGCAUUCUUGGAAAGGCUCACCCAGAUGCGAUUCCAAUUAUCAAAAACUGGAUCUCCAUCAUCCAGUCGCGAUGGGACGAAAUCUCGCAAUGGGCGAUCAGCCGGCAGACUAAGCUGGAACAGCAUCUGAAGGAUCUGCAGGAUUUGGACGAAUCGAUUGAAGAGCUGCUCGCAUGGUUGGCGGGACUUGAAGCAACGUUGCUAAAUCUCGAAACGGAACCACUCCCAGAUGAGAUUCCACCACUGGAGGUGCUAAUUGCGGAUCAUAAGGAAUUCAUGGAAAAUACCGCCCGCCGACAGGGCGAAGUCGAUCGCGCAUGCAAACCUCGACAACCACCACCAGGUCUGAAGGAGACGCGCAAACCAUCCCGCGGUGUACUAAAGGCCCCGAUCUUCAAGGGAUCACGUGAUCAUGGUCUUAAUUCACGUCGUACAAGCCGCGUGAGUCCUGGACGCGAAACGCAAACACCAGAACGAGAUCGAUUGCCCCAUUACGGUCCACGGUUUUCGCCAAGCAAUCAAGCGGACACGGAACUGAGAUCGCCACGCGCGAAGCUGCUGUGGGAGAAGUGGCGCUACGUGUGGAUGCUGGCGUGGGAACGACAGCGCCGUCUGCACGAUCACAUGCUCUACCUACAGGAUGUCGAGCGUGUCCGGCAAUUCAGCUGGGAGGAAUGGCGUAAACGAUUCCUGAAGUUCAUGAACCAUAAGAAAUCGCGCCUGACAGAUCUGUUCCGUAAGAUGGACAAGGAUAACAACGGCUUGAUACCACGGGAUGUGUUCAUCGAUGGAAUCAUCGGCACAAAGUUCGACACGUCCAAACUGGAAAUGGGAGCCGUAGCUGAUCUGUUCGAUCGCAACGGAGAGGGACUGAUCGAUUGGCAAGAAUUCAUUGCGGCUCUGCGGCCUGACUGGCAGGAACGUAAGCCGAAGACUGAAGCGGACAAGAUUCACGACGAAGUCAAGCGGUUGGUGAUGCUGUGUACGUGUCGUCAGAAGUUCCGCGUAUUCCAAGUUGGUGAAGGAAAAUAUCGGUUUGGUGACUCUCAAAAACUUCGUUUGGUGCGUAUUCUGAGAAGCACAGUCAUGGUGCGUGUCGGAGGUGGAUGGGUUGCACUUGACGAAUUCCUAGUCAAGAACGAUCCUUGCAGAGCCAAGGGACGCACAAACAUCGAACUACGUGAGCAGUUCAUACUGGCCGACGGUGUGUCGCAGUCGAUGGCCGCCUUUAAGCCGCGUAUGUCUGGCUCGGCCGGUUCCGGAUCGAAUCAAACCAGCUCGCCGAUACCAACACAAGGUCCUAUUGUGAAGGUGCGUGAACGUUCGGCAAAGUCGAUUUCCAUGUCACGCCCGUCACGUUCCUCGCUGUCCGCGUCGACACCGGAUUCCCUCAGCGACAACGAGAGCGGCAUCGGAACGCCGGGACGUUUCCAAACACCAAGUCGGAAAUCAUCAGUGCCAGUUAGAUCUCAGAUGACACCGGGCGGUUCGAGGGCGAACUCUCGCCCCAGUUCCCGGCCGGCUAGUCGCGCCGGUUCGAAACCACCAUCACGCCACGGAUCGACGCUGUCCCUCGACAGCACGGACGAUGCGACGCCAUCGCGCAUUCCCACGCGUCGCCUAACGCAAACAACGUCCACUCCGCGGCCAUCCCGGUUGUCGGUGGGGUCCGUUACGGGUCGAACCGGAACCACCAGCACAACCACCAACGGUGUCUCGUCGAGGACGGCAUCCGGAGCUGCAUCACCCGCCCCUACGAGAAACGGUGGCAUGAGUCGAUCAUCCAGCAUACCGACACUAAUCGGACUACCAAAUAGCAGGAAAACGAGCGGUGCCUCGACACCGUCCGGCAUGCAGACACCACGCCGAACGUCGGUAGAACCGGGCACACCCGGCAGCACGAUGGGCCCAGCCCGGCCCGAUAGCAGAAAUUCCCGCGGCACAACCCCCAGCGAAAAGCGGGCACCUUUCCGGCUGUAAGCGCAGAACCGUAGCAGGAAGCAGACCCCAUUGCCGUGAUAUACCCCGUGAGGAGUGGAAGGAUGAAACACACAAACAUACACCCACGUACGUGAAACCAAUUCCCGCGAGCGAGCAAAACUCUAGUGCCAGAGAAGAGAGAAUGACAGAAAGCAAGGAUGUCGAGCACAAGGACAUUCCCAAGUGAGGAAGCGAACAAGGGAACAAAGGAGAAAGCAAAAGAAGACUAGUUUCGGUUCCUCUCGUAGCAGGGACACCGGAUCGAUCGUUUGCCAGAAAACACCCAGGAACACCGGGCGGUGUGUUUUGUGCGAUUUUAGUGUACGCUGUCCCGGAGUCGGAACGAACGAAGAAACGAAACGAAACCGUGCAACACGCACUAAUCCGUCUAAUUGGCGCCUCGAGCAUGCGCAUGCAAGAGGACACGAUC